AUGUCUCAAUUUCAGCUGCCACCAACGCCAAAGCGUUACAAUGGUAGAUCUAGAAGUACUGGUAGUGAUCAUUUUAACAAUGCAGAUAUUUAUUCAGAAAACAGAACCCCGAUUAGAUCAGGCGUAGAUAAUUAUGGGUAUGUUCCUCCUAAAGUUAAGAUGACCUCUGAGAAAUUUAAUGAAUUGCUAGAAGAUAAUCGCAAACUAUUUGAUAUUGUUAGAAGGAAAAAUAACGAUAUCAAAUAUUUGCAGGAUGAAUUACAGAAAUGUGAUACUCUUGUAAAAAUUAUGCAACAAAAGUUAAAAAAAUAUAAAACUCUUUAUACAGAGGAAAAAAAUCGAGUAGUUGAUUUAGAGAAAAUUAUAAAUACUGAAAAUACAAAGAAGAAAAAUAUAGAUCAUAGUAGUAGUAUAGAGUCUUCGACUGAUGAAGGCCCAUCUUUCGAAAUUGCCAAUGAUUUUAUACAAAUUCCUAAAAAGCAAAACAAUGUUCAAACAAAUGAUAAUACUUCCAAUGAUUUAAAAGCUUCAAAUAGAGAAAUGAUAAUAGAAUUGAAAGAUAUGGUUAAUCAACUUCAUAGAGCAAUAUUAGACGAGAAAAAAAUAGAACCUAAAAGACAUGUUAGUAAUGAUACUGCAUCUUCUUCAAGUAAUAACAUAUUCAAUAGCAUAAGGUCUGAUAAUAUACCUAAUAACAUCGACACAAAUAAAAUGAUGACUCAAAACCCUACAGAAGAAGAUAUAAUAACAAAAGAAAGUGAGGAAUUGAUUGCCUUAGAGAAACAAGUCAAUUCUUUAUGUCGAAAGCUUAAGAUUAGAGAUGCAAAUGAUGCUAGAAGAAGAAGUUUACAUCAACAAAUUCGUACUUUAAGCGAUACUUUAUAUAGACGAAAUGAAUCACCUCAAUCAAUUGAUGAGGCUCCAAAAAAUAAUCUCAACGAUAUAAAUGGAAUUGAACUUUCCAAGAGUAAUCCAAAAUCUAAUAUUAGCUCUUUAAAUCUUUCAAAUAACUCAUCACAAAAUUUUGAUCUUCAUUCUUCUCCAUUAUCAAGCCAAUCUCAUUUCCAUACUUCCAAUCCUAAUUUAACACCCGACAUUCCUGAUUUUAGUACUCCAAGAAUCUAG